GUCCGCGAAGGUCGGCCCGCGCGCGAGCGCGGUGCGCGGCGGCCGCGUGCCGUUGCCGCCCUCGUCCGCGACGCCCGUCGCGCGGUCCAGGCCGCGCCGCGCCUUCAUGCGCUUCUUUUUCCUAAGGGUGCCGUUUUUUGGCAUCGUUUCGCUGCGGCUGUGCAACUCUGCAGACUGCCAAGUUCAGCUAGCUUACUCGUGCCAGUCUCACGCUGCGGCGCCAAUUAUCGCAGGCUGCAGCGCCAAGUUCAGCCAAUUAUCUCGUGCAGUCGCUGCAAAAACCAAUGGUGUCGGGCGCACAGAUGCGCAGGUGGUACUGCCAGCACCUGCAGCGGCACAGCCCGCCUAUUAGCGAGCAGCACUGUCACAAUUUGU